UUGGAUCUUUCUUUUUGUUCUGUUUUCGCAUCCCAGUCGCAGCUUGAUCAGCAGAUCCAGAGCAGCCCGGGGGAACGAAUUAUUGCUCGAUACAAAAAGGUUUCUGCACGAACCUGUAAUUGCUAGCGUUUCGUAAGGAAUCUAACAGUACAACACUCCUUCGAUAGACGACAUUAUGAACACCUUCCAGAGUCGGUUCCAAUAUUAUUCCAAACGUAAGUUCUUCCGGUUUGGGGUCCCGUUCCUCCUGUUGAUGGUUGGCGGAUCCUUUGGCCUCAAGCAGUUCGCUCAGCUAAGAUAUACAUUCUCCAAGAAGGGCACGCUAACGGUCGAAGAAGCGGAAAAGCAUGGAUUGUUGAUGAAGAAGCCGGAAGAGGUCACACUGGAAACCGAGUACGCCAAGGUGAAGGAUAUCGACAUCGAAAGUUGGGAGAACAUUCGGGGACCGCGACCGUGGGAGGAUGGUACAACGCCGGCCAAGGCAGGUCAUUAGUUAUCUAGUUCUUUCGGUUCGGGUUGAAAACUCGGAGAGAAAAUAUACGCAAGCAUGUUUAUUUCCGAGAAAAUAACGUGAUACUUUUGUAUAUACCUGUGUGUAAUAUAUCGGUGCGAACAAUGCAA